AUGUUGAAAAAGGAAAAAGGAUUCCGAAAAACAGAGAGGGAAGUUUACACAAUGAUUGAGAAAAUGUCAUUAUCAAGCUUAAAUGGUAUUUCAGAUUGUGGGUCCCCAUCAAAGAUACAAAAUGGAAAAAUAACGCUUGCUAAGAAAUCCACGUCGGGUGUUGGAGCAACAGCAAGUGUUAAAUGUAAAUCUGGAUAUAAAGCUAGUGAUCCAACUAUAACAUGUACUUCGUCAGGAGAAUGGCCAUCUGCAACAUGUGAUUUAAUAGACUGUGGUUCCCCAUUAAAGAUUAAAAACGGAAAAGUGACCCUGGAUGACGAAUCGUCUUCGGGCGUUGGAGCAACAGCAAGUGUCAAAUGUAAAACUGGAUAUGAAGCCGUUGAUUCGACGAUAAAAUGUUUAUCUUCAGGAGAAUGGAAAACAGCAGCAUGUGUCUUAAUAGAAUUUGCAUGUCCCGAUCGAGAGUUACUGAAAAGUUUCAGUGCUGUAAGAAAAUGA